AUGUCGGAGUUGGAGAAGGAUAACGAGGAUAACAUGUCUGUUGUUUUUGCUCCUGUUAAGUCGGCAGCUGAUGUUAAGAUGUCGGAGGUGCAGAAGGAGAACGAGGUUGUGGCGGGGGGUGGGGGCGCUCGUGCUGCAGGCAGAAGUGGAGGGGGAGUCAGUGUCGACAUUGCGGAGUUACUGCGGAGCCAGUUCUCGGCGAUGAAACAAGAUAUGCAACAGAGGCUGCAAUUGGGAAUUGAAAGUUCCGAGGAGGAUGAUUCGCAACAAGGGGGUCCUCAGAGUUCUACUUCCAGGAGUGGAUUGACGCGGAGCGGCAAGAAGCAUCGGAAACGGCACAGAUGAUGCACAUGUGAUUGAUCCUGCACGCUUGAUUUGUCAUUGCGUUGCCUUUCUUCAUGCCUGUGUGUUGUCGUGCAUGCGCGUGUGUUGAAUAAGAGCUUCGCUUGAUCCCUCAAAGUAGGUCAUUCGUUGCUUCCUUGAUUUGAGUGCUCAUUGACCUUUGAACGUGACUUUCCGUGAUUUGUCACGUGGUGCCUCAAAGUAGGCCUUUGAUCUGGUCGACACUACGGUGGCGCAAAUUCGUUGUUGUGUUUCACGUGCAUGGUCUUUCAGUGGUGCUGAGACGGUAAUCGCUAUAUGUGGUUACUGCAUGGUCUCGCAUUGCUUUGAAGUGUACUCGUCCUUUUAGUUUUGUUAGUUUUGUGUUUGUCUCAGUGGUGUUGAGACGGUAAUCGCUGUAUAAACCAGUGGUUACUGUAUGGUCUCUCACUGCUUUUUUUUCAGUGGUGCUGAGACGGUAAUCGCUAUAUGUGGUUACUGCAUGGUCUCGCACUGCUUUGUUUCCAUCAAUAUUUGAGUUGAAUUCUCGUGUAUUGUAUACUUGUGCAUUCCUGUACAGCUUCGCUGUUUGUGCACUUGUACUUAAUCUUUGCAGCUUCGCUGCUUAGGUUCUUUGUGUUUAGGCCUGCUCCCAUGGGAGCUCGAGCCGGCCUUCGCUAAAGACGCAAAAGACGGUUUACCGCCGGCGCCCAGUUUUGGACGCUACCAAAUGUACCUCGUUGAGCUCUUCGGCAUCGAUGAGCUAGAGGAAUUCCGGCGCGGGGUGGAGCUAGUUGGCCGACCCGACCAGACGAGACAAUGUGAUGACUUUGGGUCGGUUUUGCUAAUAUU